UUUGUUGGACUUGCUUUCUGAGAACCGUUAACUAUCUCUUUUUCACUUUAUUGCUUCUGGGUCUUGCAAAGAUUUUUGAUUGUUUUAGGAGGAUGGAAGUCUGGACAUCCUUAUCGAGUACAAGCCAUUUGAAGGGGACACUAAAUUCAGGUACUUACGAGCAUUCAUCUAUGAUUUUGCUUCUCAUCUCAAUGUAACUCUAUGCUUCAGCUUUAUCUACUGUGAUGACAAGGGUGAUGUCACUUUCCUCAAAGUGCAAGUUUUCACAAACGUGUGCGGCAAGAGAUGUGAUCCAUCAUCUAAGGAGUUAGGUGAGUUGAUAAUGCUCUAUCUACUUUAUUUUGUUGGACAUUACUUCGCGCACAUGAGAAAGAUGAAUCCUGAUUUAGGGUCUGGUGUCAGCUGGAGUGGAGCCUGCGCAAGCUUUAGUAUGUCCGACGGCUGGGGUGGCUCUUUGAAAGGCGCUUCAUGCCAGCUUCCUGCCUCGACCCACAGAGCCCUGGCUGCGCCCUAUGUUUUGUUUGGACUGGGCCGAAGCCCCAAUUUUGUUGAUGAGGUGAGGACAUUUUCAUCUCGAAACGAUUUAUACUCUUGGGUGUUCCAGCUGACUAUUGGUGCGCCACGUUAUUCUGACGCCUUAGCCGUCCGCCAACACACGUUGAAACAGAUUGUACCAAACUCGAGAAUUGUUGUCAUACCACCAGAGGCAGAUGGCACGCACUGGUUGACGCGAUUGUAUGUAACUCCAUCACAGCUGAUUUUGCAGAGUUUGGCAGUCAUUGCUUUGGUAUGUGCUAUGCUGCUUAUGGUUGUUGCUUUCCUCCACUACCGGGAAAAGAAAGAAGAUCGUGUGGAACGCCAACAGCAAUCCCAUCGUUUCCAUUUCGAUGCCAUGUGA